AUGGAUGGCAAAUUCCUAUCGCCCUUCAUCCAUCGUCGCCCAGACGGCCAGCCCCUGACGGAAGCAGAGGUCGAGGCGGAAGAGGCCCGUCGAAAGGCUGACCGGCAAGCCACGCCAGAACCCAAGAACUUCGCCGUGGCCUUUCCUGAAAACCUACCCACUCCACCAUUCCUCCAUGUCGAAGGGGUUCCCAACUUUCGCGAAUUAGGUGGAUACAUAUGCCAGCCUCCUUCGACAGCAGAUGUCUCGCAACAAUCACCAACCUACGCUCUCCGUCGCGGACUACUGUUCCGUUGCGCACACCCAACGCAUCUAACCCCAAAGGGUGCGGAGUAUCUCACCAAAAAGCUUGACAUUCACGACAUGUACGACCUGCGAUCCGCACCAGAAAUCAACCGGUUGGCGGCCACCGUAGCCCACAGCGCGAAGGGUGUAUAUCCCCUCGCAGAUCCAAACACGGGCUGCAUCGACCACUGCCCCGGCCUAAAACGACAUUUCACACCCGUCUACCAGAGCGAAGACUACGGUCCAGUCGCCCUCGCUACAAAACUGGCCUGGUACACGACAGUACAUAUGCACGACGAGGAAGUAGGCUACGCCUACUCGGAAGGCUUCGUCAAAGCGUACCGCGACAUCGCCGUGCACGGCGCCACGCAAGCAUAUCGUCUCAUGUUCCGGCAUUUGCUCGAGAAUCCAUCGCAACCCUUAAUCUUCCACUGCACGGCCGGUAAGGACCGCACAGGCGUGUUCGCCGCGCUGGUUCUCAAGCUAAUCGGUGUCGACGAGGAGACGAUCUGUUGGGAAUACGCGCUCACGGAGCCCGGACUGGGAGACUGGCGCAACCAAUUCAUCGACCGGAUGACGCAGACCGGCUUGGGCAGCGGCGGUGGCAGUAAUUCCCCGGACCGUCCGGAGAAGAUCUACAUCGGUAGUGAGAGUAAGGACGGUAAGGACCGACCAGGCAUGACGCGCGAAGAGGCCGCCUUGAUCUGCGGCUCGCGCGCCGGAAAUAUACGUGCGUUCUUGAAAACCGUCGUCGAUGCCGAAUUUGGCGGCGUCGAGAGGUAUCUCGUGGAGAAAUGCGGGUUCAGUCCCGACGAGGUCCAGAGGCUGCGUGACAACUUAAUCGCCGAGGUGCCGGAGGAUCAGGUCGUCGUGCCAUGUCCGAUUGAUGGCUGGUCUCCUGAGCAUGGUUGUUCGGAUUAA